UUCAAACACAGUAGUGACUCUACUCCUUCUCCCCCUAAAACAAGUUCAUGGCGUCUCCAAGUUCCAGGCAGGGGGGCUGCCACAGCCGACACACUGCCCUCCCCGGGGUUUUGUGUUCCCCAGGCUGUGUUGGGGCAGGGUGCCCCUUGUGCUCCUCCCACGUCUUUCUGAUUCUGUGCAGGAAGGGCCCCUGUCAAGCCCCACUUCGGACCCAAGCCCAUCAGCAGUCCGCGGGCCCCGCCAAGGGCAGUUACAGCAGCUACCAGGAGAUCAUCGCCACUUCUCUCUUAAACUUGGGCCAAAUCGCUGUAGAUACCCUAGUUGGGGAGGACUUGGGCCAGGUGGCCAAGCCGGUCCCAGGUGUUGUGCACCUGGUUCAGGAGGAGGCUGAGGAAGGGGCCACCAGUGAUGAGGGGGAGAAGGACGUGUUCCUCCCCCCAGAGGAUACAGAGGAAGUCGCGGGAGUCACCAGGGAGCGCUCCCAGGAGCUCUGCCCCCAGUCCGUGGAGGGCGUGGCCAGUGAGGAGUCCAGCAAGAUGAAAGUCGCCCUGGGUAAUGAGGAGGAGGAAGAAGAGGAGGAGGAGGAGGAGGAGGAGGAGGAGGAAGAGGAGGAGGAAGAGGAGGAGGAAGAGGAGGAGGAGGAGGAAGAGGAGGAGGAGGAAGAGGAGGAAGAGGAGGAGGAGGAGGAGGUAGCCGCUCCUGAGGUCAUCUGCCAGGAGGAUGCCCCCCUUGCCCCCACCCAGAAGGCCCCCGAACUCCGGCAUCCGGCCUCUCCCAGCCCCAAGCCCGAGUACUCUGUCAUAGUGGAGGUGCACUCUGAUGACGGCAAGGACGAAGACUCGCGCUCCCAGAAGUCUGCGGUCACGGACGAGUCGGAGAUGUAUGACAUGAUGACACGUGGGAACCUGGGCCUCCUGGAGCAGGCUAUUGCCCUGAAGGCUGAGCAGGUACAAGCCGUCUGCGAGCCAGGCUGCCCACCCACCGAGCAGGGCCAGCUGGGCCCCGGUGAGCCUGGGAAGGUGGUGAGGCCCCUGGAUGCUGCCCGGAAGAACUACUGCAGCAAAGAUCCCUCACGAGCUGAGAAGCGCGAGAUCAAGUGUCCAACACCAGGCUGUGACGGCACUGGCCACGUUACAGGGCUGUACCCUCACCACCGAAGCCUGUCUGGUUGCCCCCACAAGGACAGGAUCCCCCCGGAGAUCUUGGCUAUGCAUGAGAAUGUGCUCAAGUGCCCGACUCCUGGCUGUACAGGCCAAGGCCACGUGAACAGCAACCGCAACACGCACAGAAGUUUGUCUGGGUGUCCCAUCGCUGCUGCUGAAAAAUUAGCCAAAUCUCAUGAGAAGCAACAGCCUCAAACGGGAGAUCCUUCCAAGAAUAGCUCCAAUUCAGACAGGAUCCUCAGGCCUAUGUGCUUCGUGAAGCAGCUUGAAGUCCCUCCGUAUGGAAGCUACCGCCCUAGUGUGGCCCCUGCCACACCCAGGGCCAACCUGGCCAAGGAGCUGGAGAAGUUCUCCAAGGUCACCUUUGACUACGCAAGUUUUGACGCUCAGGUUUUUGGCAAACGCAUGCUUGCCCCAAAGAUUCAGACCAGCGAAACCUCACCUAAAGCCUUUAAAUGCUUCGACUACGCGCAUGAUGCCGAGGCUGCACACAUGGCCGCCACAGCCAUCCUGAACCUCUCCACGCGCUGCUGGGAAAUGCCCGAGAACCUCAGCACGAAGCCACAGGACCUGCCCAGCAAGGCUGCGGACAUUGAGGUGGAUGAGAAUGGAACCCUGGACUUGAGCAUGCACAAACACCGCAAGCGAGAAAGCGCUUUCCCCAGCAGCAGCAGCCCUGGUGUGAAGUCUCCCGAAGCCUCCCAGCGCCAGAGCGGCACCAGCGCCCCGAGCAGCUCCAUGACCUCGCCCCAGUCGAGCCAGGCUUCCCGCCAGGACGAGUGGGAUCGACCUCUGGACUACACCAAGCCCAGCCGCCAACGAGAGGAGGAGCCCGAGGAGUCAGAGCCAGCAGCCCAUUCUUUUGCUUCUUCUGAAGCAGAUGACCAGGAAGUGUCGGAAGAGAGUUUUGAGGAGCGGAAGUAUCCUGGGGAAGUUACCCUGACCAACUUUAAGAUGAAGUUUCUCUCCAAGGAAAUAAAGAAGGAGCUGCUCACCUGCCCCACCCCUGGCUGUGAUGGCAGUGGCCACAUCACCGGGAACUAUGCCUCUCACCGCAGCCUCUCUGGUUGCCCUCUUGCUGACAAGAGCCUCAGAAACCUCAUGGCUGCCCAUUCUGCUGACCUCAAGUGCCCCACACCCGGCUGUGACGGCUCUGGCCACAUAACUGGGAACUACGCCUCCCACCGAAGCUUGUCAGGCUGCCCUCGUGCCAAGAAAAGUGGAGCCAGGGUGACACCCACCAAGGAUGACAAGGAAGACCCCGAGCUGAUGAAGUGCCCUGUUCCAGGCUGUGUGGGGCUUGGUCACAUCAGCGGCAAAUACGCCUCCCACAGAAGUGCAUCUGGCUGCCCACUGGCCGCACGGAGGCAGAAAGAGGGUUCCCUUAAUGGCUCACCCUUUUCCUGGAAAUCUCUGAAGAACGAGGGGCCUACCUGCCCCACUCCAGGCUGUGAUGGCUCUGGCCACGCCAACGGUAGCUUCCUCACCCACAGGAGCUUAUCCGGCUGUCCCAGAGCAACCUUUGCUGGAAAGAAGGGAAAAGUCUCAGGGGAUGAGGUUCUCAGCACGAAGUUCAAGACGAGUGAUGUAUUGGAGAAUGAUGAGGAGAUCAAGCAGCUGAACCAGGAGAUUCGCGACCUGAAUGAGUCCAACUCUGAGAUGGAGGCCGCCAUGGUGCAGCUGCAGUCCCAGAUCUCCUCCAUGGAAAAGAGCCUAAAGAACAUCGAGGAGGAGAACAAGCUCAUCGAGGAACAGAAUGAAGCCCUGUUUCUGGAGCUGUCGGGCCUGAGCCAGGCCCUCAUCCAAAGUCUUGCCAACAUCCGCCUUCCGCACAUGGAGCCAAUAUGUGAGCAGAAUUUUGAUGCCUACGUGAGCACCCUCACCGACAUGUACUCCGACCAGGAGUGCUACCAGGACCCCGAGAACAAGGACCUCCUGGAGAGCAUCAAACGGGCUGUGAGGGGCAUCCAGGUCUAG